AUGUCAUGCGCAAGGUCCCUUUGGCCUUUCAUUUCUAAUAUCAACGGCUCAGUGUCGUUUCUGAGUUCAUUUGUUUCUCUGUUUCCUCAGAUUAUAGAGACCUAUAAGGAUAAGACAGUAGAAGGUUUAUCCCCGUUGUUUCUUAUGUGCUGGCUUAGUGGAGAUAUCACAUCUCUUAUCGGUGCUCUAAUGACGGGACAACUGAAGUUUCAAAUAGCGCUGGCUAUAUAUUUCCUCUUUAACGAUCUGUUUGUGUGUUGCCAGUACUAUUACUACGGUGUCUUACAUGAGAACAAGUUGGCCACUGUUGGACAUGAAACUGUCCCUGUCAUAUCGUCCUUGAUCGAUGAUGGCAUAAUUACUGUUGAUGAAAACGGCCUGCAGAACACAGACUCAAGGCCCGAGACCAACAUGGAAGGUAGUAGGCUCAGCAACUCUAGCAUAUACAGUGGUAGUAGGGCCACUAGAUCUCUUCUGGCUAACGCCCUAGUCUCUGUUAAGAGCAGCAAUGCACAACAAAUACUAUCCAGCCUGCAAGUGCCACCAAAUGCACCAUACCCAGGCCAUACAGGUCGUGGCCAGAUGGGGGUUACAUUGUCAUGGCUGGGUGCCUCUUUCUAUGUUGGUGCCAGAAUCCCACAGUUGAUCAAGAACUAUCAGAGAAAGUCCACAGAUGGGUUGUCACCUUUCCUGUUCGCUACCACUCUACUGGGGAACAUUACUUACAACAUAAGCAUUUUUACAAGUUGCAAUUUCCUGGACACCGAGGACAAGAUGGCAUUCAUAUUCAACGAGCUGCCGUUUAUUUUUGGCAGCGCAGGCACAGUUGCAUUCGACCUGAUAUAUUUCUACCAGUACUAUGUACUCUACUCUAGGGACAACAAGCUGAGAGAACUGGAAAGGGAGAUAUACGACAAUAACGAAGACGAAACCACACCAUUGAUAGAUUAG